UGAGACGAUAACACACAACUAAGAACUGUAUACAUACGCAGACUACCACAUAGAAUCAUACGGCAUGUGCAGUGGCGCGCACGCUGCGCUGUGUCUGGUUAUUUUCAUUUUCUGCGCGCGCGCGCGAUCGCUAGUGAGAUAUCAGACCAAGAAUAGGGAUGCUCGAUCGCGGUAAGAUCUCGCUUGAUUGGUCUCUCUCUGUUGUUUACCACAGUAGAUAUGAAAUUUUUUGUUCAUUUUUAUUUCAAAAUACAAGAAAACAAUAUUGAAGCAACAUGCUGGUCAAUGCUAACUGUCAGACGUUCAAAUGACUAAAGUUUGCACGCAGUUACUUGAAAAUGUACAACACACACGAGAUGAAAAUGCAACAGGGUAGUAUCCCAUGUUUGCGCAAGGAAUUGAAUCUUGCUCUCACCCUGCACGGUGGCCAAAGUUUUAGAUGGACCACUUAUGACUCUGGCUACAGAGGUGUCUUUCACGGAUGUGUUUGGACCUUGAGUCAAGAUGAAGACCAUUUGUUUUAUACAGUGCAAGGAGAUUUAAAAGAUGGUGCGAACUAUGAUAACGUACUGUCUGAAUACUUCCGACUGUCGGUGUCGCUACAUGAACAUUAUAAAAAAUGGGCGGAAGUAGAUCCACAUUUUGAUAAGUGUUCAAGUGAAACCAAUGCCGUUCGAAUUUUGAAGCAAGAUGUUGUAGAAAAUUUAUUUUCAUUUAUAUGUAGCUCUAAUAAUAAUAUAACAAGGUAUAAAAUAUGCACGUACAAGCUUUCAAAUUUUUGUGUUUUAUCAAACUGCAUCUGUUUUAGGAUAUCAGGCAUGGUUGAGAAAUUAUGUUCGUUAUUUGGUCAGAAAAUAUGCUCUGUUGAAAAUAAGGAGUAUUAUGAUUUUCCAACGAUAGAAAUUUUGAAGGAAAAAAAAGUGGAAAACAUAUUAAAAAGUGAAAAAUUUGGAUAUCGUGCUGCGUACAUAGUUAAUGCAGCAGAACGCUUGUCAGCAUUGGGUGGGAGAAAUUGGCUUACAAAUCUGCAAAAAGAGAAUAAUAUUCCUUAUCAGACCGCAAGAGAACAGCUGAUGACUCUGCCAGGAAUUGGUCCAAAAGUUGCUGACUGUAUAUGUUUAAUGUCUUUAGGCCACUUGGAUGCCAUUCCUAUUGACACCCAUAUUUUUCAAAUAGCACAGGCAAAUUAUUUACCACAUUUAAGAAAGCAGAAAACUGUUACACCAAAAAUUCACACUGAAGUCAGUAAUUAUUUACGAGAAUUAUGGGGUCCAUUAGCGGGAUGGGCACAAGCUAUUGUAUUUUCUACAAAGAUCAAUACCAGGUCCACGUCAGGUAGAAAGCAAAAAUCUAAUAACGAAAAUGAAAAUUUAAUACAAGCAAAAGUUCUUAAGAAAAUAUGAUUUUAUUGUAAAAAUUUUAUUGUAAAAAUUUUUUAUCACUUUUUAACAACUUUGAGUCUUUU